ACCGUCUGCUACCGAGUCUACAACGUAAACGUUUAGGGCGAACGUUUCAGAAAAAUAUGACUAGAUCAAGGAAAUGAACCACAUUUUUGUCAGAUAUGUUGAAGUCGCUAUACUGGAAUGGGUACGUUAGAUAGCACCGACACCAAACAUGAUGUUGAUAAAAAGACCGAAGACGAUGGAUGUAAAAGUUUCAACAGGCGUCACAAAAUCAAACUCAUCCAAAAAGCUAUGGAUGCCAACCCAGUGGAUACCAGACAGCUCAAGAACCUUGCCAUCAUGUGGGGAGGACUUCUUAGUGAUGAUAUUCGUAAAAAGGCUUGGCCUAAACUUCUGGGUGUAGAUGUGGAUAACAUUACACCAACACCAGACACAGAAAUACUACAUGGUCACAGAGACUACAAUCAAGUUGUACUGGAUGUCAACAGAACACUUAAAAGGUUUCCACCAGGUAUGGAGGAGGAACAUCGGAUGUCACUACAGGAUAAACUAGUGGACCUCAUCAUGAGAGUGCUGGUCAAACACCCUGAAUUACACUACUAUCAGGGUUACCAUGAUAUCUGUGUGACAUUCUUGCUGGUUGCUGGGGAGGAUGUAGCAUUUGCCCUCAUGGAAUGGUUAUCUGUGAACCAUCUCAGGGACUUCAUGGAUUCCAACAUGGAUAGGACCAAACAUAUAUUGAAUUACCUGUAUCCUAUUGUUGGCAAAUCUAAACCACAGCUGCGGGAUUUUAUGGAGGAGUCAGAGGUUGGGUCCGUGUUCAGUCUUAGUUGGUUGAUCACAUGGUAUGGACAUGUACUAGAUGACCUGCGCCACAUUGUACGGUUGUACGACUUCUUCAUUGCAUGUCACCCUCUUAUGCCCAUAUACCUGGCAGCUGUUAUUGUGUUGUACCGUGAGAAAGAGAUUUUGUCCAGCGAGUGUGAUAUGUGUGUGUUACAUGGACUUUUGUCUAAGAUUCCGGACAAUUUACCAUUUGAGCUUCUGAUUCGAGAAGCAGGUGACCUGUUUAUCCAGUACCCACCUACUCAGCUGGCCAAUGAAGCCGUCAACUCCUACAAGAGAAAAGCGUUGGUUGUGACGGGUAAGAAAUCUGUACAGAAAUAUGCGACAAGGAGGGGUACAGAAGGUUCCUGGUUCUGGCGUUACCUAGCACCCGAUGUUGGAGGAGGUUACUUUAGGGUCACAGCCUUUGUUGUUGUGGCACUGCUGUCGUCAGCUGCAUGGAACAUGUGGGCCACACGCGAGUGGUGAUUCGUAGUUGUGGCACUGCUGUCGUCAGCUGUAUGGAACAUGUGGGCCACACGCGAGUGGUGAUUCGUAGUUGUGGCACUGCUGUCGUGCUGCAUGGAACAUGUGGGCCACACGCGAGUGGUGAUUCGUAGUUGUGGCACUGCUGUCGUCAGCUGCAUGGAACAUGUGGGCCACACGCGAGUGGUGAUUCGUAGUUGUGGCACUGCUGUCGUCAGCUGCAUGGAACAUGUGGGCCACUUGAGAGCUGUGAAGUAGAUAUUUAGGUCACCCGAUUUUGAGAUAACAACCAUGUGUUCAACUUGCUAUAUGAUUAUUGUGUUGGCAGUUGUAUCUUUUGACAAUGUUGAAUUAUAGUCUAUGGUCUACUCUUAUCUAGUGAUGUAUAGUCCAACUUUUAGGGCUAUGACUUGAUAUUUCAUUGUUUUUUUAUUAUUAUAUGUUUGUUUCUUUUCCUUAUGAUUGAAUUUGUGAGUCAUUUGCUAAAUUUUUUUUUUGUUGAUGCUGUUAUAGCCAUGUAAUUCUUGACAAUAAUCGACCAUUCGCUCCUAGCCAUGUCAGUGAAUUCUGUGAUUUACUGGUAGGUGGGAAUGGAAGGAGAGAUAGGUGAAUACAUGUAUAGCCAAUAGAGUAAACAGUCCUAAAUCCCCCCUGUAUUUUCCUGGUUCAUGCUGCUUUCUACCAUAAUGAGUUUGUAAUCAACGAGUCGACCAAACUGACACUAUUUUUUACACAUGUCAAGCAACUGUUUGGGUGGUAUUAUGUGAUAGAUACAUCAUACACAUUCAUUUCACAUGCAAGGAGUAACUGUUGGUCUUUUUUUUCUGUGAAAUAAUCUUAGUUUAUUCUUAUUUUUUGAGUCAUUUCAAACAGUGUUUAUGUCCGAGAUGUCCUCCAAGGUAAACAGGUUUUGAUACAAAGCAGUUACUCUAAUCCUGAUGAUUGAUGAUAGUAGAUCAGGUCCAAAAGUGUGAUCCAGCUACAUACACAUGGGUGAAGUUUUUAAGUAUUAAUACUGAAUUCAUUAUUUUUGAAUUAUUUCCCCCUAUAUACAUGCAUGUCAAUGUUAAAGUUUUGUAUAAACAGCUAUUUCAGUAUUUUGAAAUUCCACCACUUUCAUCCAUACACACGAUGUGUUUUAUAAACACCUAUUCACAACUGUUUUAAUUCACGAGAACAGCUAUAGCUUUAAUAAGUACUAUAAAAAUGUCUUUAAAAUAAUGUGUUGUGUUUUUGUGUGUAUAUUUGAAGGAUACAGUAUCGCUUUGAAGAAAUAUUCUUUGUGUAUGUGCACCCAUGUAAAAUACAUGUAUAUCUGUCUAGACCUCCAGACCAAAUGGGACAUAGGACCAGGUAAUGUCAUCAUGUUCUGUUGAUAAUUAAUCACCGGCUGCUGUGGUUUCCUGUAGACACUGAUUUUGAUGAAAAUUGGAUGAGGUUACUUUGAUAAAAAAAAUCAACUGUAAAACUAAUUGUUUUGUAGACUUGCUGUAGUCGUAUUUAAUGGUAAUAAUAAACUGUGAUCAUGCGUAAC